GUUAAGCGUACCCACCAUUUUUUCAAUCCUUCCAUUUCCUCACAAGUUCGUAACCUAACCUUUUAACCUUUUCAACUUCACGUCCAACGGCAGACAAGAAUCGAACAACCUAUUUGCCCAAGAUGUAUAGGAAUACCUAUCCACCGCCGCCUCCGCCAACCUCAUCUGGCCUUCCACUGCCUCCGCCUCCGCCGCCGCCAUCUUCCUAUGGCAAUGAGAGGUAUGAUCGACCGGCGCAGUCUUCGUACCCACCGCCUGCAGAUGGUCCAUCGCGACAAUGGAACGACCACUACACCCAACAAGACCGUCGAGAUGAACAUCAAUUUCGAGGCCCUUAUUCUGAUUUGCGCCGAAACCGCCAAGAAGACCGCCGUCGAAAUGACGGAGAUUAUCGCGACCGCGACCGCGAUCGUGAUCAUGAUCGCGAUAAUUACCGCCCUCCUCAAGGCGACUUCACCUUUCGCGUAGAACCUCCGCCUGGCGUCGAGUCCUACGAAUCCUACCGUCCGAGGGAUAGAGAAAGGGAUCGAGAUCAACAUGCCCCAAGAGCGAACAACUACAACGAUGAACGAACUGCACCUUAUCAAUCCCGCCGUAACGAAAAUGGUAGACAGGAAGGUCGCAAUGGCCGCCCUCGUCGUACGGAUGAUCGCAGACGCCAACAUAAUUCAUACCAACCCCAACAGGGUACUGGCUAUGGGCGACGGGGUGAACGCAGAGAAAAAACGAAGCCAUCUGCACGACUCCUACUGCUUAAGAAGCACGACGAGGACCCGGAACUCAUGCUAGGCGACACUAAAGGGCGAGUAACUUACAGAGAUGUCGAUGAACUUUCUGACAGCGAUGAGACCGAGAUGGAUAUAUCGGACAAUUCGGACACAGAUGUUGCUGAGCCUGUUAGCAAACGCGCACGUACAUCUACCACUGCAACCGCUGCAGAACAAGAGGCGCCGAAAUGGUCGAAUCCAGACCCAUACACAGCACUCCCACCGCCUGAUGAGACUUCGCGCAAAAAGAAAGAUAUGGUGCAGCUAAUCCGCAAGGCUAGGGUAGAGGCAGAAGCUAAAAAACCAGCUGCGCAGAUAGAAGGGUUGGAUUUUAUUUCAUGUGACUUCAAUGAUAAUGAUGAUAAGGUUCGUGACCUGCCCAGCAACAGUGAGUCAAAGGGACAGACUCGAUAUGGACAAGAAUCAACCACCAAGGCAGGCGCUAAAAUUUCUACUUUACGCGACUUACGCGGGGCAACCGCAACAACUUCUCCUUCUACCGAAAACCGAAUUGCAUCUGCAGAAUCCCACACACGCAAUUCCACUUCCCAUGAAAAUUCUCUGGGUAACAAAUCAAACCCCAUCGACCUAACGGCUUCUACUUCUCUUGGCAAUCGAAAGCGCACCUUCGAUGACAAUAUCAAGUCUUAUUCAUCUUCUCAAAAAUCACGUGCAUCGGGCAGGCCAGUAAAGAAGAUGGAUAAAGGUGGAAAUAUCCUACCCUGGUGGCUACCUAAGGAUGAGCCUUGCCCAUGGUUCAAGGCAGACCACGUAAAUAACUCUUUCAGUCCUGGUAGCCGACUCCAUCAAGAGAUUGUUGAUUUCUAUCUUUGGGUCUCUCCACGCUAUUUUGAGAUCGAUGUCCGACAACAAUUAAUCGAUCGACUUGGCAAGGCUAUUCGGAGAAAGUGGCCGGACGUUGAUCUUUAUGCUUUUGGAUCGUAUAUGUCUGGCAUGUACCUCCCGACCGCCGACAUGGAUAUAGCCGUCUGUUCCAACAGCUAUGUCAUUGACCACAUUCCGAAGUACUCUAAAAGAAACCACCUGUUCGCUUUACAGAAUUACCUCCGAGUAGGCGGGUUCGCCGAGGACGACAACGUCGAGGUCAUUUCUAAGGCUAAAGUUCCUCUUGUUAAGUUCGUCGACAGUUUAUCUUUCCUUAAGGUCGACCUCUCCUUUGAAAAAAUGGACGGUCGUCAUGCUAUCGCAACGUUCGCCCAUUGGAAAGACCGAUACCCUUCGAUGCCAUCCAUCGUAUCUCUAGUGAAGCAAUUCCUCCUGAUGCGAGGGCUUAAUGAGCCCGUCAACGGCGGUAUCGGUGGAUUCUCAAUCAUGUGCAUGGUUGUACACCUCCUUGAUCAACUACCGCAGGUCCAGAGCGGGGAUAUGUUUCCCGCGUGGCACUUGGGGGAUACACUCAUGGAAUUUUUCGAUUAUUAUGGCAACCACUUUCGGUACAAGGAGGUGGCAAUUCGUGUGAACCCUCCUGGUCUUAUUCCUAAAAGUGAAGUGAGAGGUUUUACUUACCGCAACUACGACCGUCUCUCUAUCAUGGAUCCCAACAACCCGGAGAACGACGUUUCAGGUGGUUCUUUCAACACCGAAAUGAUUAUCAACUUUUUUCGAGAGGCUUAUGAGAUUCUUAAAGACCGCAUGUAUGAAGUUGCUAAUGGCGAGAAUCCUAAAGACGACCCUUUUGGUGAUUCCAUCCUCGGUCCUCUAUUCGGCGGCGAUUAUACGUCUUUUACGGAGCAACGCAACCGUCUACGUGAAUUAUCCAAGCUACCUAAGCCGACGACAGAAUCCUACAACGGCUGGGCAGAGUGGUAGCUUGAGAAUGAGGAUACACCGUAGGUAGAUUCCCGUAAGCCCCCACACUGCACCACUUCCGUUGGCAGCCGUAUAGAUUCUAGACC